AUGACAAACCUAACUGAAGAUUUGAAAUUGGAUGAAAAAGAUAGAAAUUUAUCGAUGGGUUUUAAAGAGAUAAAAACGAUAACAGAAAAUAAUGUAAAAAGUAGGAAAAAUAAAAAAUCGUUGGCAACAGACAGACAGCAAUGGUCGAAUCCAUUUGAUUUUAUUAUGUCAAUGAUCGCAUAUGCCGUUGGAUUAGGCAAUGUGUGGAGAUUUCCAUAUCUAUGCUUUAAAAAUGGCGGUGGUUCAUUCCUAGUUGUUUACAUAAUAUUUUUUUCACUUGGCGCAUUACCUGUGUUUAUUAUGGAAAUUACGAUGGGACAAUAUGCACAGCGUGGCGCUAUGGAAAUCUGGAAUUUAUGCCCUUUAUUUAAAGGUGUUGGUAUCGGUAAUGUUGUGAUUGCAUUUAUGUGCAUCUCAUAUUUUUGUGUCAUAUCAAGUUGGUCUAUCUUCUAUAUGAUCAAUUCGUUUUCAUUAAUCUUCCCAUGGGAAACAUGUAACAAUUGGUGGAAUGAUAAAACUUGCAUAACCGGACAUGAAGAUGCAGCAGUAAUAUCCGAAAUUAAAAAAAAUCUGUCUAAAUAUAAUUUAACUAGUGGAUCAAGCGUUGAACAAUACUGGGAACGACGAGUGUUGAUGCAAACCGAUUCGAUAUCGAGCUUUGGAGGAAUUCAAUGGGAACUUUUCGGAAUAACGGCACUGUUGUGGGUUAUCGUCUACUUCGCACUUUGGAAAGGCAUUACACGUGCUCGUAAGUUUGUGUAUUUUUGCGCGUUAUCACCGUAUUUCAUGCUGGCAAUUCUACUCAUUCGUGGCUUGACAUUACCUGGCGCUGAAGUUGGCAUUCAUUUUUACCUAACACCUAAUGCAACAAAAUUAUGGGACAUAACGGUAUGGAAAGAUGCCGGCACUCAGGUAUUUUACUCAUAUGGAGUGGGAUUCGGAACGCUAAUUGCUUUGGGAUCACACAAUAAGAGGUCUCAUAAUUGCUACAGAGAUGGAUUUCUUUUGUGUUUCAUAAAUGGCUCGACAAGUUUGAUUGCUGGUUUCGUUGUUUUUUCCAUCCUUGGUUACAUGUCGGUUAUUGUUGACAAGAAUAUUGCCGAAAUUGUUAAACCAGGACCAGGUUUAGCAUUCUUAGCAUAUCCUGAAGUAGCCAGUAAUCUUCCUUUUAAACAAGUUUGGUCUGUGUUAUUCUUUUUGAUGAUUGCAAUCCUUGGUCUUGACAGUCAGAUUUGCAUGUUGGAAGGUUUAUAUACCGCUAUUGAAGACGUUUUCCCAUAUUUUUUGCGAAAAUACAAGAAAACAGCACUUUUUAUUACCUGCUUAUUCUUCUUUAUCCUUGGCACACCUAUGGUUACCUAUGCUGGCUCAUAUUGGUUGACAUUAUUUGAUGCAUAUGGUGCUAGUGGUAUUGCUCUAUUGUUUGUCGUAUUUUUUGAAAUUACUGGACUUUCAUGGGGAUAUGGAGCAGGGAAAGUACGUAGUGCUUUAAAAGAAAUGAUCGGUUUUGAACUUUGGGCAUGUUGGAUAAUUGUUUGGAAAUUCAUAACACCGUUGGUUAUUGCUAUUUUGUUCUUCUUUUGUAUUUACAAGUAUCAACCAUUAAAGUAUCCGACCGGAGAAAACUUUCCAGUUUGGGCUGAAAUAUUUGGAUUUUUUUUAUCAUCAUGUUCUAUAAUUGUCAUACCAGGAUAUGCAAUCUAUUAUCUUUUUUCCAUCAAUCUCGACAGUUCCAUCAGUGAGCGUUUGCGACGCGGUUUACAUCCACCACCUGAUUUAGAAACCGGAUUGCCACCAUCGAUUGCUUUUGAACAGCAUGAUGUUAAUUUGAAAUAUAUUGCUUGA